AAUAAAGGUUCAAACUGGGUCAAGUUCAAGGCUGAUACACUAAUCAACAUGGCGGAAAAAGUUUGACGUGCAACUAUAUUUCUUAUUUAUCUUUAUUUUACGCCAUGUAUUUCCCAGUUGGGUGGCCAAAGUAUCUUUCGAUACCACAAGAUCACCCACUGCCACCCAUUUACAUCGUAAGCAACAGGGAUCGUUCGCUUUUUGCCAUCCUUACCGGUAAUUCACUCUGCAUAUGGUUUUGCAAGCCCUGUGUUGAAAUUCUUAGUUUUAGAAGAUCUGAAAAUUCAGUAUCAGAGUUUGGAGAGAACAGAACAGCAGAAUGGAGACCAGAUUCCAGCAUGAUAGCCAUAACAACAUCCAAAGGUUAUAUUUUGUUCUACAAAGUGGAAGAAGAUGAAAAUGUUGGCAAUCACCAAAGUAUAUAUGUGCAGAAAGAUGGCAGAAGGAGCCUGCCUCCCCGCAAAGCUACUGGGGAUCUUCUUAAUGGUGAGGGUAUCCCUGCUCUCAAGGUGUCACAGCUGUCUUAUAUACAGAUACAGGGAGGGGUGACAUGUCUCCUGUGUGUUCGUGAUGACCUGUUGCUGUCCACGUACACUGGUUAUAUACAGAGGAUACGCUGGGAUGGCUGCAGCAAUGGGCAGAUGUCAGUCAAUGUCAAGACAGUUCCAUUCUCUACAGACCUACAGUUCUCAAGGGCUUCCACAGUACAGGAAGAGAAUGUGAACAUUCCCCACAUGGAAUACAGCCCUCUGCUGGGGGGAUUUGCCACUGUUCUGUCCAAUGGGAGAGCAGCAUUUCUCACUGUCACAUCUGCCAAGUUUGAACCACAUCAAAUCCAGGGUGUGUGGGCCCAGGAGGUGAAUAAUGCGUCCUGUGUAGGAGUCAAUCACAAGUACAGACUAAUGGCUUUUGGCCUCAAAAAUGGAGAAGGGAUGGUGUACAGUAUUGAUGAAAUAACUGGUGCUCUCCAGGUUUCACACAGGCUAGCAGUCUCUAGUAAAGACUAUCCAGAUGCUAGUCACGUGGUUGGCAGCAUGACACAUAUCAAGUGGACCCCUGAUGGCUGUGCACUGGCCGCUGCCUGGGAGAAUGGAGGGUUUGCAGUAUGGAGCGUGUUUGGUGCUCUACUUUUCUGUUCUCUGGGAGGAGACUAUGGUUUAUCUGAGGAUUCCUUCAAGCACCAUUCUCUACAUAUCAAGUCCAUGGAGUGGGGUGCAGAGGGAUACCACCUGUGGGUAAUGGCCUCUCGCUGUGAUACUAGUCAAGUGAACGGAGAGCUGCCAUCUGAUACCAACUGUAAUGGGGAAAUAAAGGAGGAAAAUCAAGACAUUUUACAAUUGCAGUUUGUGAAAAGUUCUUUGACUGUAAAUCCUUGCAUGAGCAAUCACCAGCACCUGUUUCUCCAGGGAGAAGACAGACUGUAUGUAAACAAUGGCCUAGAGAGAACCAUACACCAGACUAGUCCUAAGCAGCAGUUACAUCCUUCACAGCCAGGGUAUCCUAGCAAUCAGGCUCCUAGCUUUCUCAUGGGCAGCAAGCAAUGGCAGGUGAUCACUGUGCCAAGCAACUAUUUGGGAUCUAACUGGCCAAUCAGGUAUGCUGCAAUAGAUAGGGCAGGACAGUGUGUGGCAGUUGCUGGCAAGUAUGGGCUGGCUCACUAUGCACUCUUCAACAGAAAGUGGAAAUUGUUUGGAAAUGAAACACAGGAGAAGGACAUGGUGGUGUCAGGUGGGCUGACAUGGUGGAGAGACUUUGUAUGUGUGGCCUGCUAUAACAUCCUAGGACAGAGAGAUGAGAUCCGGUUGUACCCCAGGAGUAGUAAAUUAGACAAUGUGUUUGCUACCGUGACCAAAGUUCCCUCUCAGGUCCUGCUUCUCAACACAUUCAGAGAUAUACUGAUAGUUCUCUGUGCCGACAGCCACAUCAUGAUGUUCAGUAUAGAUAGGAAGAAUACUCAGCCAAAUCCUACAGUAGAAAUCAACAAGAUCCAGGAAGUGGCCAUUGGAGGCUUUAUCCCUCACCCAGCAUCUGUGACAGCAAUUACUUUGACCUCACUGCGUACAGAAACUGCAUCUGUGCGCAGUAAGCAGCCUGCAGUAGAGGCAGAGAGCAUCCUUCUCAAUGUUGCCGGCCGUCUGCUGAUGUUCCAAAGAGACAGAUCACUACACGUGGCAGUCAAAGAUGGAAGCAAACAGAGACAGCUUCCGUUCACGUCCCCUGUCAUGGUAGCUUCAGCAGUAGAGAAUGUAUGGAGCACACCGCGGCUGAACUCGGAGAAGAAACAUUUGGUAGAAGCCCUAUGGCUGGGAUGUGGGGCUCAUGGGAUGAAGGUCUGGCUGCCACUGUUUCCUCGGGAUGAUGUCAGUGCUCAUGGGUUUAUGUCAAAGAGAAUAAUGCUGCCAUUCAGAGUGGAUAUCUACCCACUUGCUGUGCUGUUUGAAGAUGCUGUGAUUCUUGGUGCUACAAAUGAUGCCACAUGUUAUGACACUGGACCGUCUGAUAAUUUGCCAUUUCUUACCCUGGAAAGGACAAGCCAAAUAUAUCUCCAUCACAUAUUAAGGCAGCUGCUACGAAGAAAUCUUGGUCACCAUGCCCUGGAGAUAGCUCAUUGUUGUACAGAGCUGCCAUAUUUCCCACAUUGUCUGGAGCUGUUGCUGCAUGAAGUUCUAGAGGAGGAAGCAACGUCCAAGGAUCCUAUACCAGAUCCUCUCCUCCCUAGAGUGGUGGCAUUCAUCCAGGAAUUCCCAGAGUUUUUGCAGACCAUAGCUCAUUGUGCCAGAAAGACAGAGAUUGCCCUCUGGCAUUACUUGUUCAACACUGUUGGGAACCCUCGGGAAAUGUUUGAGGAGUGUAUGCUGUCAGGGAAGUUAAAGACUGCAGCUUCUUAUCUAAUCAUCUUGCAGAAUUUGGAGAAGCCUAUCGUUAGCAGACAGCAUGCCACUAUGCUACUGGACACAGCAUUAGACCACAAUGAGUGGGAGCUGGCCAGAGAUCUAGUCAGGUUCCUCAAAGCCAUUGAUCCCAGUGAUGCUGACACAGCCCCAGACCUUCCUCCAUUAACACGAGCCAACAGUAUGGGUUUCCAGGGAGUAUUGCACCGUACCCCACCCAUGUCACCUGACUCAGAGAGUAACGAGUUUGUGUUUGUCACCAACCCGCUGAGAGGCCGAGGCUCGGGUAAAACUGACCAGGUAGAUGGCGGGAAGGGAAAAGAGAAGAGUAAAAGUAGAGCAGAGAGUGCAGCUCUAAGAAGAAGGUCUGCAAGUGGCAGUGGCCAUGAAGGCUCCCCUGACAGUUUCUUCAUAGAUGUCCUGCUGGCAAGACAUGCACGCAAACUGCUCACCAGCUACAGACUCAAGGAUGUUGGUUGCUUUGCUGCUAACAUGGAGGGGUAUCAGUUGGUCACGUGGCUGAAAAAGGAAAGGCUGAGAGCCGCAAAGGUGGAGGACUUUGUUACUGCAUUGAAACAGCUGCACCAAGAUUUCCAGUGGCCUUUGCCAAUACUUACAAACUCAGAGUUCUUACAACUCAGCAAAGACCUGAGUGCCAGUUCCUCCUCCCAGGGAUUGUUGGAGCUGGAAGAAGGAGCCAAAAACAUGUCUGUGAAGGACAGUGGCUACCUGAGCAGUAGCACCCCAGUAAUCUCUCCAGCUGCCACACCUGACUCUCCAAUGGCAGGCAGCUAUGUCUUACUACAACCCAAACUACACAUACAGUCAAGUAGAGAUGAUACUAGUCUUGCUGCCACUGAGAUGUCUGAUGACUUUGGAGAAAGCACAAGUAUGGAUCAAAGUUACUGUUUGGAGGCUGCAGAACUAGAGUUGCUUUGUCAUGAACUUGCCAAUAAGGGUCCGGCACAGGCAGAACUGCAGCUCAGGUACCUGUUACACAUAAUGAUUGAGGCCGGGUGCCUGGAGUGGUCACUCCUAAUCUCCAUCCUGCUGCGGGAUGUGAUGGCAGUGGUGAGGACUGUGAACACGGCCAGCUUUACUGACACACAGAUAGAAAUAGUAGGCAGGAUGAGGGAGGGACUCUCAUACCUGGAAAUGUGGGCAGACACAGAGUGCAUGGGCUAUAAGCCGUUCUUUAGUGCAAUACGUGGCCAAAUACAGACUUUGCAGAAAAUAGUUGAACAAAACCCUCCCAACUCGAGGCUGUCCACACCAAGAUCACGCAGCAGCUCAGUUGAGAAAGACACCCCAAGGCCUGGUGAUGGUUCCCAUGACAACAUGAACAAUAAAUUGGUGGAAGAAGAAGAUGAAGAGGAGGAGGAGAGGCUUGUUGAAGAGCUGGCCAAGGAACAAGAACAAAAUUCAGGAUAUGAUUGCAGGAUUUCAUAGUCUAUAUGGUCACCUAUUGCUACAUGAAGGUUUUUAUUGACUGCAUAAAAAAGGCUAAAUUUAAUUUAAUGUGUAAUAUUCUUUUAACAACAAAAGGGAAAAAUUAUCAGAGUAUCAUGCAAAUCAAGAUAUUGUUAUAUAAGUCCCGUACUGAGAUACUUAGUUAUACUUGUCCCUAGCUGCCUGCAAGUAUUUCAAUUGUCAGGAAACCAUGUUGGUCUCGGCAGCAGAACAAGACUCGAGCUUUUCUGGAGCAUGAAUGAUAAUGAAAAAACUAAAAUAAAAGUCAAUCAUUAUGGUGCAAUGUUGUAUGAAGUGCAUUAUGUUGUAGCAAAGUGUAACAAAAUAGAACAUAGAUAUGCAGCAGAUUGACACAAAUUGACUGUCAUUAUGUCACAUCUAUGCACAUUUAUGAAAGAUGAAAAAUCUGCAUUUCAUUCUGGUAAUAGUUAUAGUAUUAGACAUGAAAUGGCUAAUGGAUACCUUUGCCAUAGUUAAAUCUACAUGAAAGUAUUAAGCUCAGCAUGUAAAAAAUGUGAUUAAAUUAUUCAGCUUCUAUAUCUUUGAAAAAAUAUAAUCAAAUAACUUGGUGAAGGUAUUGAUAUUUGGGCCAAGAACAGAGUCUGAAGGUUGACACAUUUUAUGGAAGGAACAAACAGUAUUUCAACAAUUACAGACUGAUGUAUGACUGUUCAAUUUGGACAUUAAAUGUUUUUUAAAAAUUGGUGCUAUUGGUAGUUGGACGUACUUCAGGGUAUUAAUAUAAAUGAUCUUAAUGAUGUGAUAAAAAAUGCCUAACGUAACAUUAAGGUAUGCUCCGGUAUGCUCACAUCAUCUGUAUAUAGUUGGGUGUGUUGGUUUACACCAUGUAUAUAGACAGUGGACAUGGUAAAUAUAGUGGUUGAGGUAAGGGAAGGGAUUUAGCAACCAUUUUAUUUUGUUGCUAAGGUGGGGUAUGUAAUGAUUAGAAAUAUAACUGUAAUUUGGUCUUGUUUUGCUAUUUUAUGCAAAAACAAUUGGUGCUGGUCGCUCAAGUGACUGUUUCUUGUCUUUAUCCCAGGUUUUCUGGGAUGCGGGGCCUCUGUGCCAAAUGUGCUGGUACCAAGGAGUCUAGGAUAAUGUUUUAUGUCCUCUUGUGUCAAUUGAAAAAAUCUGGUGUUGCAUGGUACUUCUUGCAACACAUACAAUGGACAUCUUAUAAAUUCUUGAAUCCAUCGGUUCUUUAUAGCCAAGGGUAUCAGUAUUCUGUACCCCUCUUCAACUUUUGCCAUUCUGAAGAAAAUAUUCAUGUAUCUAUCAAGAGAGGAUUUGAACUAUUUAUAUUAAUUAGAUAUUUUAUGCUACUUAAAUUGACUUAUUAAUGAGUUUGCUGUGGAAAUUAUCAUUAACUGGUCAUGCACUUGUUAUUUUACCAUUACAGCAAUUAGAAUUUUUAUAGACAGACACUAUGUGUCUGGUUUAGGUAAGCUUUCAAUCAAGUGUUAUUUCAUAUGUAUGUUUGGGUGCAUGCUAUUUUAUUAUUCUGCCUAGAAUUUAUGUAUCAUUUCCUUUUGUUCCAGUUGUAUUUUUUGUUUCGUGUGCUAGAGUCAAUGAUGAUGGGUGAUAUUUAUGCUCUGGUGUAGAGGCACAUUGUCCAUACCAGAAGAAUAAAAAUGACCAAUAGAAUGAGAGAGUAUGUAUGUUAGGCGCAUGGUACUUUGUAAACUCUGUAAUUUGUUGUGCAAUUACUUUCUGUGAUUUUUGUCUUGCAUGCCGGUCAGCGUGAUUUAUCAGCACUUCAGUUUUAUUUUUCUUUCCAGAGUUUAAAGGUUUAAAAGGCUUUUUCUAGACUGCUUUUUUUCUGUCUCUACCUGUAUUGAAUAUCAGUUUUCAUUCUGUUGCACCGUAGUGUUAAGCAAGAUUUGUAAGCAUGGUUUGGAUGAUAUUAUUAAACAUGCUGGGACCAACUUGAUGGUAACACAGUCAUACAUUUGAAAUUUGGCAUGUUAUUUCUUAAUGGAAACACAAAUCAAUUACAUUCUCCUUAAUCUGUAAAAUUCUCGGUUUCAUUCCUUCUCUUCUCUAGCUGUAUUUUAUUUAUUGAUUAAAUUUAUUCCUCCAGGUGCCACCAUUAGACAGACAUCAUUAUUUACCCUCUGAUCACCCUUUCCCAUAUGUAAAGUACUUUGAUAGCAAACAUAUAUAAAUAUAUAUAAAGAUAGAUAGAUAAUAUAGGAGGAUGAAUACAUUGUAGGAGUGUAAAAAUGUGUAUAAUGAUCUAGGCACACAGUUAUCUUUACAGUUUUAUGCAUGUACAACAUGAUAUAAUAAAGAUCUAGUGAAGCAG